AUGUCACACUUUAACUUUGAAAAUGAGCUAAACAGUGUAUUGAGAAUGGAUGCACCGAUAUCUAAAGGACCAACAAUGAGAUGGCAAAAGCGAGCAGAAAAUCACCAAGACUGCAACAUGGCAAACAUUUCUGUGAACAGUUCGUUGAAUGCCAGUACCACAACAGCCACCAGUAAAACACCUAUGAAAAAUUUGAACAGAUCAGUGAAUAACCCUAAAACACCAUCAGCAGGGUCUGGCGGGAAAACACCAAAGUCUGGAGGCAAGACGAAAACACCAGGAAAAGCCCCCAAAACACCAAGUGGCGGAGACCGCUUUAUUCCAAGCCGGAGUUCUUCACAAUAUGACCUGGGUCACUUUAAAAUAAUGAGCAACAAUACUGAAGAUCCAGAACUUUUGAGUCCUUCUCAAAAAGAAUACCAGAAAGUGAUGAGUGAAAACCUGAAUGGUACAGACGUGGAAGCAGGAAAAGUUCUAUCGUACCAAACAAAGGCACCAUCAGCACCAGCUGGGUUCCAGAACCAUCUAAGGGUUGUAUACAGUAAAACACCAGCCAGCACAGCCAAGAAGACCACACGCAAUAUACCUCAAGUUCCUGAGCGCAUCCUUGAUGCACCAGAUAUCCUAGAUGAUUAUUACCUAAACCUAUUGGACUGGUCGGUCAACAAUCACCUAGCUGUAUGUCUGGGUGGAAGUGUGUACCUGUGGAAUGCUGCAUCAGGGGAUAUUAACCAGCUCUGUCAGAUGGAAACAGCAGAUGAGUACAUCGGGGCAGUGGCCUGGAUUAAGGAAGGAAAUUAUUUGGCUGUAGGCACAAGUAAUGGUGAAGUUCAGUUGUGGGAUGUAGCAGCCACCAAGAGACUGAGAAACAUGACUGGACAUUCAGCACGAGUGGGAUCCCUGUCCUGGAACUCCUAUAUCCUGAGCAGUGGUUCGAGAAGUGGGGCAAUACACCACCAUGAUGUGCGGGUUCCAAACCACCACAUCAGCACAUUGCAAGGCCACAACCAGGAAGUUUGUGGCCUGAAAUGGUCCCCAGAUGGCAAGUUUCUGGCCAGUGGUGGUAAUGACAACCUCCUCAACAUCUGGGGAGCACAGUCUGGAGGUUUUAUCACUGACAACCAGCCCCUCUACACAUUCUCACAGCAUCAAGCUGCGGUCAAGGCAUUAGCCUGGUGUCCUUGGCAGUCUGGCUUACUGGCCAGUGGUGGUGGAACUGCUGACCGACAUAUUCGAUUCUGGAACUGUAACACUGGAUCUUGUCUACAGAGUAUCGACACGAAAUCACAGGUGUGUGCUCUGCAGUGGUCUAAAGAUUAUAAAGAACUGAUAUCAAGUCAUGGAUUUGCUCUUAACCAGCUCACUAUUUGGAAGUAUCCGGUCAUGUCCAAGGUAGCAGAAUUAACAGGGCAUACAGCAAGAGUCUUGCACAUGGCCAUGUCCCCUGAUGGUUCAACAGUUGUGUCAGCUGGAGCAGACGAGACACUACGCCUCUGGAAAUGUUUCCAAGUGGAUGAACAGAAGAAGAAAGUGCAAGCCUCAUCAGCAAAGGAAACAAAGAGCAAACUGUCAAUGACAUCCAUCAGAUGAUUCAUUGCUUAAUAUAAACACUGUUGUGUUCUAAAUAGUACUCCCCUUCCACCCUCGAAAUUGGGGAAAUGGACCAAGUCAUAGAUUUGGAUAUU